CGUCUAUGUACUAUAAGUAACAUUGAGAAUAAAGAUAAUAAGCUGAACAAUGUUGUGUCAGUUCCGCAUUGAUACUAGUCCCGCGAGUGUCGGUUCUAUGUAGCGACGGCGGCGUCAAACGUGUUUGCGCAAAACGACGAACGGCCCAAUAAAAUUCGAUCAACGGAUAAAUAAAUCAUUCGACUAAUUGAGAAUUUGAAUGUGCAUGAACAAUAAGAGUAUAAGAAAAUAGAUAAGGUGGUUGCACGCGUGCGCGCGCGCGCACGAUUUUGAGAUAGAUCGUUUGCGGAUAAAAAGCUUCGGGUUUUAUGAUGGAGUGGAGCGGCGAGAUAGCGAUCGCCGUGGUUACACUUGUAGCGAUAUUCUAUUAUUGGUCAACGUCAACUUUCAACUUUUGGAAGUCUCGCAACAUAGUAGGACCAAAGCCUCUGCCGGUAGUCGGUAAUUUGAAAGAUUUAUUUUUGGGAAAAAAAUCGUUCGGUGAGCUCGUUAAAAACAUUUACGAUCAGCACCAAGAUGCGCCUUUUAUUGGGAUUUUCAUGAGACGCGAGCCGGUCCUUAUUCUCGCUGAGCCCGACCUCAUAAAGGACGUUCUUAUAAAAGAUUUCACAACGUUUCCUGAACGCGCCAUAAGAACAUUCGACAAGGUGGAACCGUUGUCACAGCAUUUGGUAAAUCUGGAAUCGAAGCGAUGGCGACCUCUCCGUCACAAAUUGUCGCCCGCAUUCACUUCGGGAAAGUUGAAAAAGAUGUUUUAUCUGGUGCUCGAGUGCGGAGACCACUUGGAGGAAUAUUUGAACAACCUCGGGGACAAUAACGAAGCCGUUGAGUGUCGCGAAUUAACUGCUAAAUUUACAACCGAUGUUAUCGGCACUUGCGCCUUCGGUCUUAAAAUGAAUGCCCUCGCUGACGAAAACAGCGAAUUUCGUAAAAUGGGUCGAAAAAUUUUUACCCCCGAUUGGAAAAAUGUUCUCAGAAUGAGGAUGCGCGAAUCCACUCCCUGGCUCUACGAAAUCGUCGGAACGUUACUCGUCGACUGGAAAGUCAACAACUUUUUCAUGAAUAUCAUGAGAGAUACUAUCGAGUAUCGGAAAAACAAUCAAGUCGUCAGGCACGACUUUAUCGAUCUCAUCAUGGAGCUCAGAGAUAAUCCUGAUAAACUCGGUGACAUUGAAAUGACGGACGCGCUGCUGACUGCUCAACUAUUGGUAUUUUUCCUCGCUGGUUUUGAAACUUCCUCGACAACGAUGAGCAACGCCCUUUACGAGCUUGCCCAACAUCACUCGAUCCAAGAUAAAUUGAGAAACGAAAUAAAAAAUGAAUUGGCGAAAAACAACGGUCAGUUGACUUACGAGGUUAUCAAAUCUAUGAAGUACCUCGAUAUGGUUUUCAAAGAAACUCUUAGGAAAUAUCCACCAGCGACUUCUUUAACAAGAAAAUCGAACGAAGUAUACACUUUCGGUGAUAACAAAUUAACGAUCCCGAAAGGAACUCGAAUAAUUAUACCGGUUCUCGGAAUUCAUCGGAAUCCUCGCAUUUAUCCAAAACCGGAAGUGUUCGAUCCAGAAAGAUUCACCGAAGAAGCGGUCAGCGCCAGACACUCUAUGAGCUGGUUGGCCUUCGGAGACGGACCCAGAAAUUGCAUAGGUGCCCGUUUCGCAAAUUAUCAAUCCAAGGUCGGACUGAUCAAGAUUCUUCAGAAUCACAGAGUCGAUGUUUGUGCCAAAACACAAAUACCUUACGCCAUCGAUCCCAGAAGUUUUCUCUUGACCCCCGUGGACGGCAUCCACGUGAAAAUUACCAAAAUACAUUCGACGUAAACUCAUCAUCGCACCAACGAGAAGCAUCCUUCUUCACGAUCUUUUUUAUGCUACAAAUCAUUUACGUCGAGUCAUUUGCACAUGACGCUCGAGAAUGAAUCAUCACUUUUUCAAAAGUCCUUAACAAAUAAUGAUGAUUUUACUUUUAUUUGUUUUUUUUUCAUGGAUUAUUAUUAUUAAUAAGAAAUAAUGUUAUCAAUUGAUUAGAGAAAGAGACAUAACAUGAAUCGUAUGGUUAAAAUUAGAAGAUUAGAAAAAAGUGGGUAUUAUUAAUCGUAAGUUGCUCAACUGUAUUCGAUCGCAUAAAUUCAGAUAAUUUUUUUGUAGGCUCGGACGAGCGAAUGAAAUAAAAAAAAAGUUGCACUUACCCUCUCUUCGAAAA